UCUAUAUUCAUCAAGACGUUUGGCUGCUCUCAUAACCAGAGCGACAGUGAAUACAUGGCUGGGCAAUUGGCGGCGUUUGGAUACCAACUGGUGGAGGUGCCAUCUGAGGCGGACCUGUGGAUCAUCAACACGUGCACGGUGAAGAACCCAUCACAGUCUGCAAUGGAUACGCUCAUCCGCAAGGGCAGGGAGCUGAGCAAACGACUCGUGCUCGCAGGCUGCGUGCCCCAGGGUGACAGUGGGGUGGCGGAGGGCGAGGGAGUGAGUGUGGUGGGGGUGCAGCAGAUCGACCGUGUGGUGGAGGUGGUGGAGGAGACGCUCAAGGGCAACACCGUCCGCCUGCUCUCCCGCAACCGGGCCCUACCCGCACUCGACCUGCCCAAGGUGCGGCGCAACAAGUGGGUGGAGAUCGUGCCCAUCAGUGUGGGCUGCCUGGGUGCAUGCACCUACUGCAAGACAAAGCACGCCAGAGGCCACCUCGGCUCCUACCCUCUGCCUGUGCUGGUGGACAGGGUGCGGGCAGCAGUAGCAGAGGGAGUGCGAGAGAUCUGGCUAAGCAGCGAGGACACGGGCGCCUAUGGCCGGGACAUCGGCAGCGACCUGCCCUCCCUCCUCUCCGCCCUCGUGGCCUCCCUCCCCCCUGACGGCCGCUGCAUGCUGCGAGUCGGCAUGACCAACCCGCCCUACAUUCUCGAGCAUCUGCCCGAAAUCGCGAAAAUCCUCAACCACGCCUGCGUGUACAAGUUUCUGCACCUGCCCGUGCAGUCGGGCAGCAACAGCGUGCUGGAGGGCAUGAAGAGGGAGUAUACAGUGGAGGAGUUCUGCCGGGUGGUUGACACACUCAUGGGGCUGGUCCCUGGCUUGGAGAUCGCCACCGACAUCAUCUGUGGCUUCCCAGGAGAGACAGCAGCUGACUUUGAGCAGACCUUGGAUCUGAUUCGCAAGUACAAGUUUGCUCAAGUGCACAUCUCCCAGUUCUACCCCCGCCCAGCCAAGGACCCCGUCACACGCAUGCCCAAGGUGCCAUUAAGGGUUCAUAAGGAAGCCUCUUCUGUUUCGAACCCCACCCCAACAUAUCUCUCCAGGCACGCCAGCAGCGCGCAUGCCCAAAGUGCCAUCAGGGGAGGUGAAGCAGCGCAGCAGAGCACUCACCGCCCUCAUAGAGUCCUUCACUCCCUACACGAACUUCGCUGCAAGGGAGUCAAGAAUCCACUCACAAGACCCUCUCUCUCCCAUUGCUGCCCCUUCACCCCACCACCUCCCACCCCCGUCCCCCUUCUACUGAUCUUACCAGGCAUGCCAGCAGCGCGCAUGCCCAAGGUGCCAUCAGGGGAGGUGAAGCAGCGCAGCAGAGCACUCACCGCCCUCAUAGAGUCCUUCACUCCCUACACGAACCUUCUUGGAACCACCCAGAGGGUCUGGAUCACCGAUGUUGCCGCAGAUAAGACGAAGCUUGUCGGCCACACAGAUAGCUACGUGCAGGUGCUCGUACCCCCUGAUGACGUGGCAUUGGAUAAGCUGCCAGGUGGCAAGCCACCAGGUGACACGUCAGCAGCCAGUGUGUCUUCAGAUGACGCCGUGGAUCAAGAUAAAAAAGCUCUGGGGCAAAUUGCGACAGCCAAUGGGCGGACGGCGAAAGCGAAUGAGCCGACCAGUGGUGGCAAGAGUGCGCUUUUAGGGUCGGACUUGUUUGUCCGCAUCAUCACAGUCGGGCGGUGGUCUGUGAUUGGCGUGCCGGUGUCUGCCCCAGUGAAGUAUCUGCCUGUUGCUGCCGGAAGCCUAGAUAUUCUUAACAAGGCUCAGCAGAGCAAGGAGCAGCAGCAGGUUGAGACUGAAGAGCAGCCACCGCUACCACCAUUGCUGCAGGAGCAGCAGUCGAAGGAGCAUCAGGAGGCAGGAAUGGGGGGAGCAUCAGAUGGGUGUUGUGGUGGAGGGAGUGAAGGAGCUUGCGCUUGCUCUGGUGAUACUCCUGCUGCUGCUUCUGCAGAAGGGGACAAGUGCUGCAACACGGGAAGCUCGUCCUCCAGUGGUGUUUUGGCAGCAGCUGUGGAAGGAGAAGUGAACUCCACAACUGCGGUUCCUGCAUGUGGGAGAGGAGCAGGAAUGGGCGGGGAGUUGGUUGACAGAUUCUCCGCCUGUUUUUACCCCAACCCCGCUUCCGCCUGGUUCUCCCCAACCCCGCUUCCGCCUGGUCCGCCUGCUUUCACGCCGUCCUCCGCCAUGUCGUCGCUCCCGCAAGGUCUACUCCCGUCCGAGGACGAUCUGCUAUACGAGGAAGAGAUUCUCAGAAACCCUUUUUCUCUUAAACUCUGGUGGCGGUACCUCGCGGCGCGGCGCGAUUCGCCCGCGCGGAAGCGGUACUUGAUUUACGAGCGCGCGUUAGUAGCUCUCCCGGGAUCUUACAAGCUAUGGGCGGCGUACCUUAAGGAACGCCGCGCGGCGGUCCGCGGGCUUCCCGCGAAUCACGCUGCGCACGCCGCUUUGAACAACGCGUUCGAGCGCGCUUUAGUUACGAUGCACCGCAUGCCGCGCAUUUGGCUCGAGUACCUAUCCGCGUUGGUAGACGACCAGAAGCUAGUAACGCGCGCGCGUCGCACGUUCGAUCGUGCGCUUCGAUCCCUGCCCGCGACGCAACACGACAGGCUCUGGGAUCCGUAUCUUAGAUUCGUCCGCCAGCCUGGCAUUCCCAUCGAGACCGCUCGCCGGAUAUUCCGCCGGUUUUUGCGGUUCGAUCCGUUGCGCGUGGAGGAGUACGUGGAGUUCUUGGUCGAAGCGCAGGAAUGGCGCGAAGCGGCGGAGCGGCUCGCGUCGGCUUUAAACGACGAGAAAUUCGUGUCGGUGCGCGGGAGAACGCGGCACCAGCUGUGGCUGCAGCUCUGUGAUUUGCUCACGCGGCACGCGGAGUUCGAAGAGAGUAUGCUGGCGGCCAAACUAGAGCUCACUGCUGGAGAGGAGGAGGAGCAGGAGGAGGAGGCGGAGGGGGAAGAGGAGGAAAAGGAGUGGUGGGAAGAGGAAGAGGACGGAGUGGCGGAGGGGGAGGAGGCGGGUGCAGGAGCAGAGGAAGCGGCGAGGAGAGAGGACGGGCAGGAGCAGCAGCAGGCAGAGGGUCAAGCAGACAAGGAGGGACAGCCCAAGGGGAAGAAGCUGACGAAACAACAACUGCUGAAGCUGCAGCAGCUCCACCAACAGCAGCAGCAGCAGCAGCAGCAGCAGCAGCAGAAGGUACAAGACGGGGCAAAUCUGGCCAAGAAGCAGCAGAAGAAGAAGCCGUUAGACUGGAUGUUCCGAACAGCAGACGCGGAUCUGCGCUUGGCGCGCUUAGAAGCCCUCAUGGACCGCCGCCCCGAGCUCGUCUCCGCAGUCCUCCUCCGCCAGAACCCCCACAACGUGCACGAGUGGCAUAAGCGCGCCAAGCUCUUCCAAACCAAUCCUGAGCGUCAGAUCCUGACCUACACCGAGGCUGUGAAGACCGUGGAUCCGUUUCAGGCGGUGGGGAAGCCGCAUACGCUCUGGGUGGCGUUUGCAAAGCUGUAUGAGAAGCAUGGGGACUUGGGGAAUGCGAGGCGGGUGCUGGAGCGGGCCGUUCAGGCGCGGUUGAAAGCGGUGGAGGACGUUGCGGCGGUGUGGUGUGAGUGGGCGGAGAUGGAAGUGCGGCAUCAUAACUUCCACGGGGCGAGGGAGCUGCUGAGGCGAGCAACGCUGCAGCCGUCAGUGGCUGUGCUGCGCCAAGCGGCGGCGGAAGGAGACGAGAGGCCGCAGCUGAAGGUGUAUCGCAGCCUCAAGGUGUGGACGCUGUACGUGGACCUGGAGGAGAGCCUGGGCACUCUAGAGACCACCCGGGCGGUGUACGAUCGAAUCAUCGACCUCAAGAUUGCCACGCCUCAGAUCAUCAUUAACUACGCACUCAUGCUCGAGGAGCACAAGUAUUUCGAGGACAGCUUCAAGGUGUACGAGCGUGGAGUGAAUAUAUUCAAGUACCCGCACGUGCGCGACAUCUGGACCACCUACCUCUCCAAGUUCGUUCAGCGCUACGGAGGGAAGAAGCUGGAGCGGGCGCGAGAUCUCUUUGAACAGGCUCUUGAGAGUGCCCCAGCGACGGACUGCAAGCCACUCUACUUGGCCUAUGCAAAGCUAGAGGAGGAGUAUGGGCUGGCACGGCAUGCCAUGGCCGUGUAUGAGCGAGCAGCACAGGCUGUGCCGGAGGAGCAGCGCAUGGGCGUGUAUGAGCUCUUCAUUGCGCGGGCGGCUGAGCUGUUUGGGGUGGCCAAGACACGCGAUAUCUACGAGAGAGCCAUCGAGUCUGGCCUACCAGACGCGGAUGUGAAGCGCAUGUGCCUGCGGUACGCGGCGCUGGAGAGGCGGCUGGGGGAGAUCGACCGCGCGAGAGCCAUCUUUGUGCACGCCAGCCAGCUGGCGGACCCGCGCUCCGACGGGGAGUUCUGGGAGGCGUGGAACGCGUUUGAGAUCGCGCAUGGGAAUGAGGACACGUUCCGGGACAUGCUUCGGAUCAAGCGAUCCGUUUCGGCUAGCUACAGCCAGAUGCACUUCAUUCUGCCCGAAUACCUCAUGAAGUCAACCCCCUCCGUGCCCCGGGAAGGUGAUACUGGCCGGGGCAGGGAGGGCGCACCUGGGGAAGGCUUACUUGACGCCCCAGCUGCUGGGGGGAUGGAUAGCAUGGAAGCUUUAGAGCAGGCGGCUGCUGGGAAAGCUGCAGCAGGAGGAGCAGGGGAGGGGGCGGCGAAACCGCGCGUGCCCAUGUUUGUGAGCGGAGGGACGGUUCAAGAGCAGGAGACAGGAGCAGGGGUGAAAUCCCAACAGGCGAACCCGGAGGAGAUUGAAUUGGCUGAUGAGGAGGAGGAAGAGGAGGAGGAAGGGGAGGAGGGAGAGGGAGAGGGAGGGGAGGGCAAGGGGAGGAGCAAGGUGGAGGUGACGCAGGUGUCGGUGCCUGCAGGGGUGUUUGGUGCUCUGGCUGGGAAGGCAGAGGAAAUGGCGAAGAGAGAGAGGGAGGCAGCUGAGAAGGCCGGGGAGGAGGAAGGGAAGGAGGCGGCGCUGGGAGCGUUGGAGCGGUUUAAGAGGCAGAGGAAGCAGUAG